UCUCUCUCUCAUACUACUGACUCGCCAGUGGCUGCAGCAGUCAGUCCUGUGGUUGUAGUUUGGUAUAUUGCAUGUAGAUGAACAGUCCUUUACUCAGAAGCGAGUGCGCGGGGAAUAUAGUAGAGAACAGACGGAGGGAUCUUUUAAACUAAACCAAACGCGCUUGCAGCAUUGAGACUCCUAGCAAACUCAGUGUUGUGGUGAGCGCUCGUGGGGUCGGAUCGGCGGGAAUGGCUUCGUCUCCGUGCGGCGGUGGGAACUUUGAUUGCGGGCUGGAGAUCCAAACUCGCUCGGUGGAGCAAACACUCAUCCCGCUCGUGUCUCAGAUUACCACACUGAUCAAUCACAAAGACAAGCUCAAGAAGACGGAGAAGACCUUACGGGCCAUCCAGAGAGUGGGGCAGGCGGUCAGUGUUGCAGUUGGCCGCUUCGUGGCCGUGGGUGAAGCAAUUUCAGCAGAGAAUGAAGACUUGAAGGACGAGAUGGGACUGGCUUGCUUUGAGGCCCGGAGAGCAGAUUUGCCACAGUGCCUCUAUGCUCUUACUGUGCUGGUUACCCUGGAGCAGCUGGAGAGAGUCAGCACUUUUCAGGAAUUUGUCCAAAUCUUCAGCCAAUUUGGGAACGAGAUGGUAGAGUUUGCCCAUCUCACAGGAGACAGACAGAAUGAUCUGAAGGAUGAAAAGAAAAGAGCUCGGAUGGCCGCUGCACGUGCUGUGCUGGAGAAAUGCACCAUGAUGCUCCUCACAGCCUCUAAGACUUGUCUGAGACAUCCAGACUGCGAGUCGGCACGGAUCAACAAAGAAGCAGUCUUCCAGCGUAUGCGUCUGGCCCUGGAGCAAGUCAUUGAGAUUGUGACUGACACGAGGAACGGUGGGGAGGCCAAAGCACUUCCUGUCAGCAUCUACGCUGGGAUUAGAGACUUUAAGGUUAAAGUGGAGGGUCUGAGAGACUCUCUGUACUGUGUGUCCUGUGAGGCUGUGGCGGCUCAGCUGGAAGCUCUGGUGGAGAAAACCGAAGAUUUUACAGACUCUGCCUACACCAGCCAUGAGCAGAGAGAGACAAUCAUACAGCUCUGCCAGAUCACACGUCAGGAGACCAAACAGCUCAUCAGCACAUGGAGACACGUGCAGCAAUCGCUUAAAGCCAAAGAGGCCACGGACGAGGUGGAGCUCUCUAUUUUGAAGACUUGUCAGAGUGUCAGUGAUCUCAGGCGAGAGCUUCAUAGGGUGGCGGUGGGAAGGGCCACUGAGCUGCUGAAGCUGCAUUCAGAUCAUCUAGUGCUGCAGGCCCUGAAGGCUUCCGGUGGGGAUGGAAACCUGGAGGCCGUGGCUGAUUAUGCUGGCACACUGACCGAACACAAAGAGCACCUGGUGGAGACUUGUCGUUUGCUCUGCCACAUUUCGGGGACCGAGCCGCUGGAGAUCACCUGUAUUCAUGCUGAGGAAACUUUCCGUGUCAUUGGACCUCAGAUCAUCUCAGCAGCACAGACCCUUGCUCUGCACCCCACCAGCAAGAUUGCCAAAGAAAACCUGGCUGUGUUUUGCGAGGCCUGGGAGUCCCAGCUGUGCGACAUGGCCAUCCUGCUGAAGGAGAUCAACGAUGUGUUUGAGGGCCGCAGAGGUGAUAAGAAAACAUAUCUGUCUCUACCCAGACCAGGGAAACUCUCUGCCAACCUGAAGACAGUCAAGGCUGCCAAACUUGACGCUGAGGAGCAAACCACCAUUGCCAAGCUUGGGCUGGAACUGUGUCUCCUCACCUCAGAUGUGGACUCCGAGGUGGAGCGCUGGGACGAGCAGGACCACGAGAUGGUUCGGCUGUGUCAGAUCAUAUCCAGCAUGGCGUAUUCCAUGUACCUCUUCACCAGGGGGGAAGGCCUACUGAAGACAACUUUGGAUCUAUUCCAACAAGCUGAGGUGUUGUCAGACCAAGGUCUCCAGCUGUGCCACAUCCUCCACUCUCUCUCCACACAGCUGCUGGAUGAAGACAGAAUCCUUAAUCUAUCUGAGACAGAGAAGCUGUCAGCUGCAUGUCAACAGCUGCAGGUCUGUGCCAAGACUCCAGUUCAGGGCAAAAGCGCCAUCUUUCAGAAGGUCGACUCAUCCAUACAGAAUACCAAAGGCAUCUUGACAGUGGUGGUCUAUUUACUGCCCAUCUGUAAUAAGCUCAUCAGAAAGUGUAAAUCAGAACGCAGCUGUCUGGCUUCACCUCAGCACUGGAGGGAGAAGCAGCUGAGCACGACCGUCAGUGAGGAAACUCUGAAUGGCAAAGGCUCCAGUGGCUUUGGGGUCAAAUCCCUGGAGCAGCACAUGGCCAAUCUAACAUUCCUGGAGAGCAAAUAGUUCUGAAAACCAAUGGCGCUUCUGCCUGUUCUCACGCACACAGUGCAUGGCAAUGCACUCGCCCACAACGUGCCAUUCUUUGUGCUUCUGCCCAUUCGCUUUGUGGUGUAUGAUAGCGUUAGCAUUACCAGCCUCAUUCCAGAUACCGAAAAAUAUUGAAGAAAAAAACCCUUCAUUGCAUGUGUUCAAGUGAUUAUGCGACCCUUUCAAGUGUAAUGGCUGGUAAAUAAGCUACAGUUUUAAC